AACAUUUUUUUUUUUCUCCGUUUUAUAUUUUCCUUACAUUAGACUUGGUUAUCAAGACUAACUGCGUUCUGUACAUUUCAACAAUAAGUCCUGUAAAACCAGUCUAUCCAAUUCAUAGAAACAAACAUGGCGUGUCGUCCUGUGGUCCCACGAAAUUUUGUCUUGUUGGAUGAAUUGGAAGCUGGUCAGAAAGGUACAUCGGAUGGUACAAUUAGUUGGGGUUUAGAAUCAGAUGAAGACAACACACUAACUCAUUGGACAGGAAUGAUCAUUGGUCCACCAAAGACAGCAUUUGAAGGGAGAAUAUAUCAGUUGAAGAUAACAUGUGGAGCCGGAUAUCCUGAAGAAGCACCGAUUGUGCGCUUUUGUACUAAAAUACAUGUAAAUAAUGUGAAAGAAUCUGGUUUGGUUGACCCAAAAAUAUUAGAUAGAUUAAAAAACUGGUCAAGAACAAAUACAAUUAAAGAUAUUUUACAAGAUAUAAGAAGUUCCAUGCAACAAAAGGAGAAUUAUAAACUAGCACAGCCUCCAGAAAAUACCUGCUAUUAAAUACAGAAAGAGAUAUAGAAGACAGGACAAAAGAGACUUGAUAAGGGAUAAAUAUGAAAUCAUGGUAAUUGUUAGGUUAGAGAUUUGAUGUUCCUAACAUAUUAAUAUAUAUGAAUACGAGAAAACUUGUAAAGCUGAGUUUGUAUUAAAGUUAAAAUUCAUUCUUACACUCGUAAUCUAUAUGAAUUGGUAUAUAAGAUGAGCUAAAUAUAACCAUUAAGUUCACCACUCAUUUUAUGUUUGUACAUAUUUAUCAUAUCUUGAUGAGAGAAUUUAAUAGUUUUAUUUAUCAAUGUCCACCUUACGCUCUGUUCACUAUGCUUAGUGCUAGAUCCUUUUAAUGUUAAUAACAUAUUUUGUUCCGUUCCUUAUUCAUAUUAACUUUGUUUAUUUUCUAAUUUUCGCUUAGAUAAAAUUGAUAUUUAAGUGUUAUGUAGAUUCAUUGAAAAAAAAUAAACUUGUCACUGAUUAUAAGUUUUAUGUAUUAAUGUGGUUUCCAUUAAGUUAUGUUGUUUUAAUUAUUAUAAUAGUAAUCUUGAUAUCAGUGUAUCUGAUUUUGAAGGGAAAGUAUUCCGAAGUAUAUGGGUGGCUGAAUUCAUUUUAAGUAAGCUUUCUUUCUGCCCAAAUUCUGUAGUUUAUUCAAGUUUCAUGAUUAGGCAUUGUGUAGAGUUCCAAUAUCUUUGAUGCUUUGCUUUGCAAUUUUUAGAGCUACAUGUAAAUUUGAUCCUUUAUAGCCACAGAAUUACAUAUAUAUUUACUGUAUGUUUUCUCAAUAAAUUGAAAAUGCAGUCUA